GAAGCCUCAGUUGACGAAAUGGAACAAGAUGGAAACUGCAUUAAUAAUGCCAUCCACUCUUCUAACAUUCCAUCAGCAUUUGUUUUCAUCACAAACACUGGAAGUCAUGCAAGACUCUAUAACAAAUCAUCCAACGUUACCGAUAUUUAUCAAAGGUACAGAGGAUACAACGGAGAUAGAAAAACAGUUUGGGGAAAUAAAUUGGCCAGUAAAGGAGUUGGUUAUUUCUCAAUACAAAGAAGCCAUUAAUUUAAGUCCCAGUUUUUCACCUGUUAGUAAAGAGAAAGAAGGAGACAGCAGACUGACGAAAUCGCUUUGCGAUAUUCAAGAUGCUCGUUCAGUUAAAUUAGAUCUGAAAAAAGAAAGAAAAAUUAACAUAGGUACAACGAUGAAUCAUCUAUCUCUUUUGUCGUCAAAUAAGUUCUGGGGCAGUGACAUUUCGGGGAAUCUAAUCCUCUAUGUCACAGAGGGAAAUAUUUUAAAGAAAAUAUCCACUAACGUAGUAGAUGUAAUAGGUUACCAUACAGUCACAUCUGAGGGCCACUUACUCUUUACUACUGCCAAAAGUAAAGCAAUCUGCCGAGUGAACAGCGACAUUAACACCACAAGGGUAUUUUUCACUGAGGAUUGGGAACCGGGGGCGGUUCACUCCUCCCACAUCAAUGGAGACAUACUUGUGGGAAUGAAUAAAGAUAAAGAAUCAAAUGUGACCAGAUACAGUAAGGAAUGGAAGAAACUUCAGGUGAUCCAGAGGGGUGAUCAAGGAAACAAUCUUUACAAGAGCAUAACUUAUAUCACAGAGAAUAUCAACGGAGACAUCUGCACAUCAGACUCUAAUGCCAAUAAGGUUGUGGUGGUGACUGCAUCAGGAGAGUACCGCUUCUCUUACUCUGGUCACCAUUCUCAGUCUGGAUUUCGCCCCACUGGAGUCUGUAAAGACAAGCUGGGACAAAUCUUGGUGUGUAAUAGAUAUUCUUCCUUGCUUAGAAAUUAUUCUAGUGUCCACCUAUUGGAUAUGGAUGGCAAUUUUUUGUCAUUUCUGCUGACUCCAGGUCAAGGUCCAAACAAACCACGUGCUAUCUGUAUUGAUGGCGAGCACAUAUUCAUGGUCGGGAGUGAGGAUAGUUCUACUGUCACAGUGUACAAAUUUUUCCAGAAGGACGACAAUUAAAUCUUACUAUUUAAGCACAUACCUGGUAUAACCUAAGGUGUGUGGAAGUUACCCACAUAAAUUGUUAAUUAAUCUUUUGACCAACCCAAGAAACCAACGUUUCAAUGUGAAGAUUUGAACGCUUCAUUGGUAGAAAUGUGAAAUGAAAAAAAAAAUCAUUCACGUUUGGAGAUAAUUUUUUUUUCUAUAAAGAACUCCCUUAAAAUACUUUUUUUUGUUGAACUUGCACUUGUUGUUUUGCAUAAAUUAUUUGUAAAUGGAAUAUUAAUUUAUAUAAUAAUUAACACGCUUAUUUAAUGAGAGAUUCUUCUCUGGU